UGGCGUACUUUCCUCCAUAACUGCUUUGCUAGUUAGCGUGUGCAUCUUGGAAGGUUGAGCUGAAUUUACAACUUCUUUGAGUUCACGUUGGAAUAUUCACCUCCACUACGACAACAUGAGCACGCUAUGGAUGGGCAACCUGGAGACCUACAUGGAUGAGAAGUUUAUCACCAGAGCCUUUUCUACCAUGGGCGAGCAAGUGAUUAAUGUGCGGAUCAUACGCAACAAAAUGACAGGGGGAGCCCUGGGUUACUGUUUUGUGGAGAUGACAGAUGAGGCCACAGCUGAGAGAUGUCUUCGCAAAAUCAACGGAAAAGCCUUACCAGGAGCCAAUCCGCCCACAAGAUUCAAGUUAAACCGAGCCACCUUUGGGAAGCAAGACGGCGGUCAGAUGUAUUCUCUGUUUGUGGGAGAUCUGACUCCAGAGGUGGAUGAUGGAAUGCUCUAUGAGUUCUUUUACAACCGUUACCCUUCCUGUCGUGGUGGAAAAGUGGUGCUGGACAGCAUGGGCAACUCCAAGGGCUGUGGCUUUGUUCAGUUCCCAGAUGAGCGACUACAGAAGCGAGCGUUAGAGGAGUGUCAGGGUGCUGUUGGACUGGGUGGUAAACCUCUGAGACUCAGUUUGGCUGCUAACAAUUUAAGGAACAGGCAGCAGCAGCAGCAGCAGCCGCAGCAGCCGUCAGAGCACAGAUCAUGGCAGUCCAGCUCAGGAUAUAGAAACAACUAUGACCAGUACAACCACUACCAGCAGCAGGCCUAUCCUGGAUAUUACCCGUCCUGGGGCUACGACCAGACUGGAGGAGGUUAUGGCUACAACUAUCAGCAGUAUGAUUACACGCAGUAUCCCCCACCACUGGAAAGUGAAAGUGAAACUAUUCAGGAUAGUGAACUUGAAGCAGAUGGCAUAGACGGAGUCCAAUGGCUAGCAGCAGAUCCCAGUCUGGAGCUGGAUGUGGUGGAGGCCAAUAGGAAGUUCAUGGAGCUCAGUGAGGAACUAUAUGAUGCUCUGAUUGAGUGCCACUGGCAGCCAGCAGAGCUCUCUACAGAACAGGACUUUAUGACAUCCAGCCUGCCAGAGCCCAUCUACUGCUGAAAGGGAACACAUUUUCUUCUUUUGACUUUAUCUCCCAGGGGUAUUUCAUUUGCAGUUGUUUGAUGACAUUUUGACAGUCUGGAUUAUUUUUGUAAGGACAUAAAAAUUAAAUGAGUCAUGGUCAUGGAUCCUA